UGUUACUGGUUGGGAGGGAAAGAGAGAAGGAUAGAGAGACAGACAGAGAGAGAGAGUUGAGUCGUGUCCCAUAUGUGGUAAAAAGCAUAGUACUGCACACACAAGCCUGUCUGCUCCAGGGAUUAUGCUUUUGAAUCUGAUGUUGAAAACGCAGGCAUGAGUAGAAACACGUUUUUUAGAGUCCCAAUGUGAGUACCGGCCAGCGAUGGACUACUGCCGUAUAGACGCUAACCUGGGUUUCCCCGCAGAACUGUUACCGUAAUCGAGACCAGAUCCGCAGAAUGCUGAGUCCCAUUGUUCCCUAUAGCCUAUUGAAGAUGCACUGGAACCCGGAGCAUGCACAGCCCCUGAGCCAGUGGCCUGAGCAGCAUUUGGACGUGUCCUCCACCACCUCAUCCCCUGCCCACAAGUCUGAGCUCUACCCCAGCCGCAGCCCCUACAGCUAUGCCUGGGCAAAUGAUGACAUUUCAGCGCUUACUGCCUCCAACCUGCUGAAGCGCUAUGCUGAGAAAUACUCUGGAAUGCUAGACUCACCAUACGAACGUCCUGCUGUGGGCACAUACCCUGAGCCUGGAGCCUUUGGGGCCCUUAAUGGAGGCCAGAAAAGCGAACUGGAACCUUGGCCUCUAACGCACAGCACUGACGGGGGGUAUCCCUUAGCGCCUCCUUCUCAUGAUGGUUUGUCGGGAACAAAGGUGGUUCCCACAUCAGCAGGUCCACCAGGCUCUGGGAAUGUGUCAGCAGUUAACCUUUCAGACUCGGGAUACAGUGGGAGCAGCUCCUGCAGUGGGCCCCAUUCCAGUGACUACCCACCCAGUUAUAAUGGCACCUACCUUUCAUCAGGGUACUGCACCCAACCCAGUUCAGCACUUCCACCAGCUUCAUUACAUGCCCUUCAGCCUAGCCCCACACUUCUCCCCAGUUACACACCUUCUACCCCCAUUUACAACUACCCCCCUAACACCUACCCUCACCAGACUAGCCUUGCUCCUAGCUACACCCAUCCAACAGGCCCUUACAUCCCCUCAGGCAUAGCCACCCCUUCUCCACUUCCAUCGAGACCCACAGUGGUUGGUGGCAGUUAUGGUUAUCAGAACAGCAGUCUAGGGGGCUCAGAGCCAGGUGGCUCUCUGAAGAGAAAAGCAUUUGAGAUGACCCUGGAAGAGGAAGAUGGAGACAAUUCACGCUAUAGGAAAUAUAGCUAUGACCCCAUAAAAGCUGGGGGAGAUUCUCCAUAUGGGGUCCCUGAUAAAGCUGACUGUCAUGGAAAUGGCUUUGGAACAGGCGACACAGAUCCUCAAGCCUUUAAGCCUAGUAAACCUUUAUCUCAGUCGAACCUGGAAGGGGAUGAAGUGGGGAAGUACAGUGGGCUAAAGCCCUUGGUUUCCCCAACGUAUGGAGCUGCAGGGGACUACAGUCCACCGGCAGCCAUGACUGGGAAGAACGGAAGUGCGGAGCAAGGCUUCUCCCAGCAUCGGUCUCAGAAGCGCUCCGAUCCCAUGAAAAGCAUGGAGCCCCAAAUGCUGGAGCUAGUAAGCCAGGAACUGCAAGAUUGCCGUCCGGCUUUGCUUUGGAGUGAACUGGCUGGGAACAGUCACAUCAAAGCAGCGCUGGAAGAAGAUGUGCUGUGGCCUGUCCUUCGACCCAACCCUGCCAUCCGCCCACCCAGAACCGUCCUGCUGUUUGGUCCUCAAGGAGGGGGUAAAACCACACUGGUACGAUCCAUGGCAUCUCAACUGGGUGCUACCUUCUAUAGGCUGAGUUGUGCAACUCUGGCCUCUAAACCGAAAGGAGAAGCAGAGCAACUUCUUGCCACUCUGUUCUUGAUAGAAACAGCUCGACAACCUGCAGUAGUGCUGCUCAGUGAAGUGGAGGCCAUUGAGGGGGAAAGUCUCAGACAGCAACUGCAGGCCCAGUUAGAGAAGAUUCAACAUGGUCAGAGCAACCUGGUUCUUGUUGUGUGCACCACGAGACGGCCUGAUUUGAUCAAAGAUCCCCUUAUGCGCUGCUUCGCCAAGCGUUACCACAUAGGCCUGCCAGAUGGAAACACACGCAGACAUGUGCUUCUGCAGGCGCUGGCACCCCAAGGCUGCAGUCUAGGCGAAAGGGAGAUGUCAGCAGUACUGCAGCGUUCAGAAGGCUUCUCCAUUUGGGAGCUGCUGCAGCUCUGCCAGCAGGCUCUGGCAUCAGCUUCUGCCUCUGCACCCAUGCCCUUGCACGGCCUCCCUUCAUCCCUUUCUUCCCCUACCUUCCAAGACUUUGAAAAUGCUUUCUGCAAGGUACGACCUCACAGCACCCCCAAAGAACUGGCCACUUGUAUGGAGUGGAGCAAGGUUUAUAGUCACUGAGAACCUAGUCAGCCAUUGGUUUGGGACUGCUAUAUGUUUAUCUUUCUUUUUUUAACUACUUUUUGCAGCCAAAAGUGUUGGACUUGAAAUUACAGUUUAUGGUGGGGAGGCAUUUUGCAUUUAAUCCAGGAAACAUACCAUGGUGUGUUGUUUUUCUAUAAAUAUACAUAUACUUUAUUUUUUUCCCAAAGAAAUGAAAUAUUAGGCCUUUCUUGAAGGGGCAUUUAUUAGUUGCUUGGCAUAUCUGAUAGAAAGUCUGAAUUAUAUUUUGGAAUUUCACUGGAAUUCCAAUUAGCCUUGAUCCUGGAUUAAACCUGGAGGUUAUAUGUAACUUGACUUUUCCUGAAAAAAAAACCCCAUUAAUUAUAAUUCUCAGGAUCCUAUUUAUUGCCAGUCCACUCCAGUGGUGUUGUUUAAUUUGUGUUGAUUUACUUUAAAGAUCUUUUGGUGUUAAAGGGCUUAGGAUAUAUCAAAACUACUUUGUUUGUACCAAAAAUUCUCACCAACAAUAUAAUGUCAGAGUCACAGCAUUCACCAAAAUGUAUUUACUGUUAUGCAACCUCUAAGGGAAGAAAGCAACAGUAUUUUACAAAGUUGAUUGUUAGGCCAUGGUCAGAUCUUGUGCACUUUUUGUCAAAAUGGUCAUUUUACCAAAAGAGUAUGCAUUGCUACCCAAAAAGUAUUAAAAUGCUAAUCCAUAGAAACUCAGAUAAUAGAAAGACAGACUUUUACUGUUGAUACACUUAUUUCAGAACACUUUGUUGAAGAUAAUAAAUAUUUCCUCAAAUACAACAAUAUGUAAACAACCCAUCAAAUUCCUCACAAUCUUGUGAGAGCCUUUGCGCAGGACCCUCAAACACAAAAAACAAGCAAGGGCCCGAGAAUGACAAUUUUCUCUCUUCCUCUUUACUCAGUUUAUUUUAUUAGUGUAUGUAGUCUUGUUUGAAAUACUCAGGAAGAAUUUCUUUACCUCAGAAAUGAUAAAUAAAGAAUGUAUGUAAUCUUAGGGUCUUAGUAGUAAGCAUUGAGGUUGGAGGUGAGCAACAGACCUAACACAGACCUGUAUACACACUGCAUCUGUGCUGUUACCUCUUAGGUGAAACUUGAAAAUGCUACAAAGACGAACAAUGAAUGUAAUUCAGGUAUUUCAGAGAAUAUCUGAUGCCAUAAAUACAUGUUUUUAACUCUCUAUUGAAAAGUUUUCCCUUAUCCUUACCCUUUAUUUUUGAUGUAGAUUUUGGAUGGAGUGAUGAUUGUCUUCAUGAAGUGUUAUUGUAGAUGGCAAACAAGACGUUUGAUUUUGUUGGACAACUGUUUUCAGAAACCAAGGUACAAAGCAUAUGUCAGUGCCCUUUUAAAACAACCAAUCUUAAGUACUUGAGGAGAAAAAAAGAAACAACCCAAAGAUCAGAAAAUCAGAAUAUAUAUAAUUGGCAGCUAAUCAUGUCUAAUCAUAAAUUGUGUUAUACCAUCAUGUGUAAUGUAUAAAGUUGGAGCAGCCUCUACCAAUGUUUAAAAUGUUAAUCUUUUUUGGUUUAUAAGGUACAUAAAAGUUGCAUGAAGUGAUCAGAUGUCUUCAAAUCACCACUGCUGAAGAAACGGAGAUUAUUACGUUUAUUAUUAAAGUUAACAGCCGCUGAUCACUCCUUUACCCCCAGCACACCCCAUGCUCUUAGCACAAUGGUUCGUCUCCUUGGUUGCUGGCCCUGUAUAGCCAUGUGGUGAGCUGUUUUCCCAUCCCCCGUUCCUCUAUCUUACACAAGGCCUUUUGGAGAAGCCAUAUUCUGACUGAUGUCUAGUAACCCUAUAGCACUGUUCGGCUCUUCAAGUACAGCUGGUGGCUUUACUCAUGCUACACAGGUCAAUAAUGACGCCAAGAGCACAUAUCGAUCAGUCCCGAAUUGGCAAAAACCUACAGAACCUGACAGACUUAGGGACACCAAGAUCCAACAUGCACAAAUACAUAAUCUUGUGUAGAAAAACUCAGCACCAAUUUCCAUUCAUUCAAACUGAGAUACGCCAUUUUUACUAAGAUAUCAUAGGCCAAUACAGAUAUUUUGCUGAUUUCAAAACAGGAACACAAAGUUACUGAGCAGUUUAACAGUUUGUCCAACAAAAUUGUCAUUAAUUAGCUGUUUUGAAUCUAUUAGUACAGUAAAUUUGUUCUUGGAUCUUGUUCUUGUACAUUUUCUGUAACCAUUUCUACCUCAUUUUUGCAGCAUAUUGUACAUGAAAAUAUUUAUUUCAUGUCUUUUUUUGAUGUCUGUUAUAAAAAUGAUAAUGUUCUUGAACUGUAAUGGUCUACCUCAGAAAAGACUGUAUUUUAAGAAGAAAAAAAAAGUAUUACACAAUAUUAAAGAGAAUAUGUUGAAAAAC